UUUGGAGGAAGUGAGCAGAGCUCAGCUAGCAGCUAGCACGGUUAGCUUGACAGGGGAAAGCAAAGCAUCAACGGGAACGAAACCGAACAUUGUACCAAAUCGCUUCUGUUACACGAAGGGAGGGAUAUAUCGGCAGUGGCAGUGUCGAUUUUGAUAAGCAGGCUUAGCUGCGAGGCUAGCUAUCGGAGAAUAUUGAGCUGUUGAUGCGCUAAAAAGUGUUGUUUUCUGACGGUUUACAGGAUCUGUUAGCCUGUUAGUUAGCCUAGCUAGCGCUCCCAACUGAGGCAGAAGAAAAGUCCCACUUUUGAUCUUUUCUACCGCAGGAUCAUCGCCCAGCUGUGGCACAAUGACGUCAAGGAAGAAAGUUCUACUCAAAGUCAUCAUCCUCGGAGACUCCGGAGUUGGGAAGACCUCGUUGAUGAACCAGUAUGUGAAUAAGAAGUUCAGUAACCAGUACAAAGCCACAAUAGGCGCUGAUUUCCUGACGAAAGAAGUCAUGGUGGAUGACAGACUCGUCACAAUGCAGAUUUGGGACACAGCCGGUCAGGAGAGGUUCCAGUCUUUAGGCGUAGCGUUUUACCGCGGAGCCGACUGCUGCGUCCUGGUGUUCGACGUCACGGCACCAAACACCUUCAAGACCCUGGACAGCUGGAGGGACGAGUUCCUGAUCCAGGCCAGCCCCCGAGACCCCGAGAACUUCCCCUUCGUGGUGCUGGGCAACAAGAUUGACUUGGAGAACAGACAGGUAACCACCAAGCGAGCACAGGCGUGGUGUCAAAGCAAGAACAACAUCCCAUAUUUUGAAACAAGCGCCAAGGAGGCGAUCAACGUGGAGCAAGCCUUCCAGACUAUUGCACGCAACGCCCUUAAACAGGAGACCGAAGUGGAGUUGUACAACGAGUUCCCCGAGCCGAUAAAGCUGGACAGGAACGAGCGAGCCAAGCCGUCAGCGGAGACCUGCAGCUGCUGAGGACUCUGAAGAUCUCCAGGGGUUUGGGGGGGGAUCCCCGUCACUUCCCUGUCUUGCCUUGUCUAUAUAUCCCUUAUCCCAUGGGCCACUGUGUUUAACCCUAAUGCCCAACAAACAAGGAGCAUCCCACUCAUUGAGUAUACUACACACACACAGGCAUUCUGCACUCACCUCCUUAUGUAUACAACACACACAUUUUCUAUAAAAUAUCAGUCUCCUAGCCCAAAGAACACCCUAAGGAAACAUCAUGGAGUUUACUUGUAUGAUGCUUAUUACUUCCCAGUUUUCCCCCAUGUACUUUUCCAUGAUGAUGGUGGUGGUGGUUCGGGGUAACCUCAUUUUCGGUUCCAUGCAUAUCGCUGCUUUCACGCCCAGUUUUGGUUCUAACUGCUUUUAUUUGGUCAAUCGAAGCAUUAUAUCUACAUAUUUGUGUUGAUGAGUAAAAUUAGAAAAAACUAAUGUUUAGUUGUUGGGCUUUUUUUCAUCAGUUUCUUAAACAAGUGGUGGUUGUUUUCUACUUUCACGGCCCGCCACUGCUGCAUGAAUGGAAGAAAAACACUGCUCCCCCAUUUUACUAAUUUGUGUUGUGGCUUAAUUUUGUUUAACUUUAAAAAAGAAAACACUUGUUACCGUGUUUUCACUUUACCUCAUGCAAUCUAUAAAGAAAUCAGUUGGUAGUGAAGGAUCAGAAUGUGUGAAGGUGGGUCACACUCAUAUGCUGUCUGCUGGUUAAUUGGGACAGAAUUAGAAAUCCAGCUCCGUGAUUGGUCCGUCAGUGUGUACAGAAUUCAGAUUUUUCUUUUUGCACUUUGCUGUAAUCCACAAUUACUGAUGACAUCUCAUUUUUGGAGCCACACUAAACGCAUUUGUAGCUCAGGUUGAGGACAUUUGUGUGACUGGGCUCCUAACACGCUGUUUGUCCACUGGAGGAAGUGAAGGUGCAUCUCAUACCCGCUUGUUUUUGGUACAUUUGACGUGGGAAUUAACCAAAUGAAGACAGUAUGUCAUUCUACCUGAGCAGAGGUCUUUCUCAUCACCAUUCAUAACUGAUGCUAUUAGUUAGUUUCUUUUUACUGUAAACUAUUGCAAGACUUUGUAUAUUUGCAAACCUCUCAAUCAUUGUGUGGGGGAGGCAAAGCGUGGUGUUGUAAUUCUCCAUAUCCGACUCUGCCAGUCGCUCGUUGGCCAACGAUUUAAGUGCUUGACAUUUCUUUUAACCGAUCAGACCUUUAACUGUCUGUUCAUAUUAUGUUAAAACUUUGAAAUGCAUUAUA